CAACCUUUCACCACAAUCCAAAAAUUCAAUUUUCCCCCAAAUCAAAACAACUUCACAAUGGCACCGAAAGCAGAGAAGAAGCCAGCGGAGAAGAAGCCCGCCGCCGAGAAAGCUCCCGCGGCGGAGAAGGCUCCGGCCGAGAAGAAGCCGAAGGCGGGGAAGAAGCUGCCGAAGGACGCCGCGGCCGGCGGAGACAAGAAGAAGAAGAGGAACAAGAAGAGCGUGGAGACGUACAAGAUCUACAUCUUCAAGGUGCUGAAGCAGGUGCACCCCGACAUCGGGAUCUCCAGCAAGGCGAUGGGGAUCAUGAACAGCUUCAUCAACGACAUCUUCGAGAAAUUGGCGCAGGAGGCGGCGAGGCUCGCGCGAUACAACAAGAAGCCGACGAUCACGUCGCGGGAGAUCCAGACCGCCGUGAGAUUGGUACUUCCCGGUGAAUUGGCGAAGCACGCUGUGUCGGAGGGGACCAAGGCGGUGACGAAGUUCACGAGCUCUUGAAUUAGGGGAAAUUAGGGCUUUUGGUUGAAUUGGGGAUUUUCUGUGUUAAUUAGGGUUUUAAGAUAGUUUUAAUUUUGGAUUGUAUGUUUCUGCUGUCUCUCUCUUGUUGUUCCUCUAUUCAAAUCGUGAAUAUAUGAAAUGUUACAUUUUCUGAAUA